CACGUCGAAUCUUUCGUUCGCACACGACAAUGGGUCGCGUCUUGAUCGCCGUUCUUUUGUGCUCUUCUUUCAAAAUCGUCGCAGGUCAGACCACGACACCCAAUUGCACGGAAAUGGGUGCUUUCGAGAUCUACGAUGGAACUUGCAGGAAUUACUACUUUUGCGUGGACGAUGGUGAGGAACUCAAGCCGGUGAUACUGUCGUGCGCUAGUUCUGCUAUAUUCGACCCCGACGAGGGUAGAUGCAUGCCUGCGGAUGCAACUAAGUGCCUGCAAACGACGACAAUGGCACCGUUGACUACUUCAGCACCACUCUGCCUUGGAUACGGUAGAUUUCCAAUAAACGACGUAUAUUGUAAGAGAUAUUACUUGUGUUAUUGGAACGGCAGCGGGUACUCUAAAAUGGACAAUCUUUCGUGUCCAAAUAAGCUAGUGUUCAAUCCGACAUCGGGAAAAUGUGUAUCGUCGCAAUUGUACAAAUGUCCAGGGACAUAAUCGUUUAGUGACAAUAGAACAUUGCCACUAUAUGUGUAUACAAUCUGUAAAAUGUAAUGCUUUUCACUUUAUGUAACUGUUUAUUGAAACAUUAUAAAUAUUAUUGCUGGAAAAAUGAGAUUUAA